UUUGAAUGCUGAAAAUGGAGAGAAAGCAUAGUCAAUUUUAUAAAUCGGAUCGUAGUGAUAAGAAGAGGGAUGACAGGAGACUUGGAAGAAGAGAUAGCAGCGCUUCAAGGAGUUAUUCACGGAGUCAAUCAAGACGUUCAGGAUAUUCGAGAAGUCGCAAACAUUCUAGUGAGCGUGAGGGAAUAGAUCUCGUAGAGAGAAUCAAAGAAGAUGUUGCCAAAGUGAUUAGGGAAAGAGAACUUGACACCCAAAAAUUCUAUAAAGAUUGCAGAUCCAAGGGUAAAGGCAAAGGAAUGAUAUAUGAUCGGGACUUUGAAGAUAUCCUCACCAGAGAUAUCAAAUUUAAGGGGACUCAGAAAGAAAUAGAUCUCCUGUGUGAGCACUACGGGAAGAAGGUCAAACGUGGGUAUAUAGACUACAAAACUUUCGAUGAAGAUAUUUAUUCAAUCAAUAAGCGAACUAAGAGAAGAUCAGAGCGAAAAGCUCCGGUUAGAACGGGCUCAAAAGAUGGUUCUAGAAGAGGCUCCAUCAAUCUGAAGCCAAAAGGCAGUCAUAUUGAAAGGAGGAACUCUAGAACUAGUUCUAUAGGCAAAAACUCAGAGAGAAGCAAUACUAGAAGCAGAAAAAGAACUGAUUCAAUCAGAAAACCUAGGGAGGAAGAAAAAGAAAGAUCUAGAAGAGGCUCUACUCAUCGGAAGGAAACCGAUGAUGAGGAAUAUAGAUCCAAGAGACAUGAUGACAGGCACCGAUCAAAAAGAGAUGACGAGGAGCAUAGGUCAAGGAAGGAUGAUGACAGGCACAGGUCAAAGAGAGAUGAUGAUAGGCAUCGAUCUAGGAGAGAUGAUGACCGAUACAAAUCACACAAGGAUGAUGACAGACAUAGGUCAAAGAGAGAUGAUGAGAGGCAUAGAUCCAGAAAAGACGAUGACAGGCAUAGAUCUAGAAGGGAUGAUGAGAGACAUAGAUCCAGAAAAGAUGAUAACAGACAUAGAUCCAGAAAGGAUGAUGAGAGGCAUAAGUCAAGAAGAGAUGAUGAUAGGCAUAGGUCAAGAAGAGAUUCAAAUAGCCAAAAAUCUAGGGAUGAACCUAGAAUAAAAGAAAUUGGAUUCUCUUAUAGAAUAUCUCCUAACAUGCCUGACGAUGGCAAAUAUAGUAUGAAAAAUACAGUGAUUGGGAAGUAUCCAGACAAAAGAAAACAAAGAAAGCAUAUUGUCAAGAUCUCUGAUUACUUUCUACAAGACAUGAUCAAGGCAACUUAUACCAGAAAUAAACUAGUUGGUGAUGCGUUCAGAAAGUUCUCUUCAGGACGAGAUGGAUAUCUUUCAGAAUCAGCCUUUAAAGACGCCAUCCUUACCUUUGGUAUAAAAUUAGACUCAAGAGGCAUCAGAGAGACAUAUCGCAAACUUAGGGGACAAGAGAAAGAACUCACUGACGAACUCAUUGAUAUUGCUAUUGAAGAUAAUGCUAAAAAUGGAAUUGAAGAAAUUCAAAAAUCUAUUAUGGAGAAGAUCAAUCGUGAAAUUAAGAAGAAAGAAGGUGCCUCCAUUAACGAUGCCUUUCUGCUUAGUGAAAGAACCAGAGACGAAGAGGUCACAUUUAAUGAUUUUAAAAAGGUGAUAAAGGACUAUGCUCCAAAUGUUAAGUCCAUUGACAUCAUUUUCCUGGCAAAAAGAUACUGUAUCAAGAAUGAUGACUGUGUAAUGUAUGAGAAAUUUCUAGACGACAUAGAUCUCUUGGACAAAGGAAUUAACCCAUUAAUUUCAUGGGCUGAUGAUCUGUCUAAAACAAUUGUAAAGGCUACUUUAGCACAGAAUACGGAUUUCGAGACACUAUUCAAGAAGCAUGCUCCUAGACAGGAGUUUAUCACCAAGUCCCAGUUCAUUGAUGCUAUGGCUAGUAUAAAUGUAACAUCAAAGUUUGAUUCUGCGAAGAUACUGAAAUUCUAUUACUUUAUUGACGAUGAUAAGUCAGGAGAAGUCAGCUUCAGAGAAAUGGAAAGUAUCAUUAAAACACAUUGAAAGCUCAAAGCAGAAGACCUCAUGGAUGGAGUCUUGGAUGAAAUUAAGAUCAAAAUGGCUGACAGAGUCACCCUAAAAGAUAUUUACAGAAAUCUCUCUGUUUCAAGCAGGAAGGAGCUCGUCGAUAUUGGUGCUUUUAAACGUGUCUUUAGAAAUGAUAUCAAGCUUGAAAUUUCUCAAAUUGAUCUAGAUUUUAUGAUAAACUAUUACAGGGACAAACGAGAUAAAAAGUCUGUGAAGUACACGGUGUUUAUGGACGAUCUCAAGGCAAAGUUUGGGUCAGAAGAAAAGUUCAAAUCUGAUAAAGGUAUUAGCCUUAAGGUUCCUGCUGAUAAAAACUUCACUCCUGGAAAGUCCUUCUCUAGAAAGGACUUCGAAACACCAAAGAAAGACGAGGAUAUUCAGGUUAUAUUGAAGGAAUUACGUAGAGAUGCUAGAGGAAAAGAAAUAAAACUCGAUGAAGAGUUUGCUAAAUUUAGUAAGACUGGGCUGGUCACCAGCAAAGAGUUCAAAGAAGUGUUCGACAGAUAUGGAUUGAAGACCUCUCGAAGAGACAUCACAAAGCUUGUUGAUCGGUACAUCAAUACUAUCGAUGACAAAAUUGACACCAGUGUAAUGAUCGAUCAUAUGUUUCAUAAUCAUGAUCUCUACAAUCCAUUGUCAAGUAGGAAAAAAUCACCAAGAGGUCGAAAAAGUAGAGAUGGAAGAAGUAAGGAUAGAAAACUUGCCGAACCAAAGAGCUUAAGAAGAAAAGAUGAUGGGCGUAAACGAAGCUCUAAGCAUGGUGAAAGCUCAAAAAGAAGGACUAAAGAUAGGCACGGAGACAAAUCCCGGGACCAUAAGCACUCUAGUAAGGAUCACCGGAAUGCAAAAUACACUAAGAAAGUUGGACAUACUCAGUAUCGCUCGGAUCACAGAGGGAAAUCUAAAGGAAAUCAUCCUAAGUUUGAAGAAGAGAAAAAUCACCCAAUAGGCACUAUUAGAGAAAGUAGUAGGCCAAGAAAAGACAAAGGCAAAAUUGCAAGGUACAUCGGGAGAAAGCUAAAGGAUAAAGAUUAUGACUACGUUGACCACCUCAAGCAAAUCGCUGGAGAUGAUAUUGACUUUAUCCUUACUGAUAAACAGAUAUUUAAAAUGUGUGAUGCUGCAGGGAUAAAGUUGACCAAACCAGACCAGAAGUUCUUCGUUUUGGAUAUGGAUAGACCAAACUUCACUGUAGAAGAGUUCUUAAUAAAAUGCAAAUUGAAUGCAGACCAAUUUCAAACUGUAGGGUUAGCAGAUGAAGUAAUCCUUACAACUGAAGAAGAAGACCAAGCAAAAAGUAAUCUUGAGAAAAUUGGAACUGCAAUUCAAGAUGAAAAGAAGGAAUUUGAGAAGGUGUUCAAUAUCGGCCCUUAUGACAAAAAGCUAGACUUUUCAGAGUUCAAGUUUGGGCUUCUAAACGAGCUAAACUCGGAUUGCUCCAAUAUGGCAAACCAUGACAAAACUCUAAUGCUGCUCAAGAAUUUCUUAGUUGAAGAUGCGAAUAAAGACGACAAAAUUGAUGUGAAAAAUUUAUACUUACACCUCUUCCCACUUGGGGAAGGAAAGCAAGAGAUCAAGACAAAAAUGAAUUGAGUGACUGACUUUAUAGAAUAUCUGAAGAACAACACUGAUGUAGAUCUAGAGAAGGAAUUUAAGGGAGACAUGAGUCAUGAAGAAUUUGAGCAAGCUCUGAAUGAAGCUGGGUACAAUAUCUCAAAGCAAAACCUGGAUAAACUUAUAGAAGCCUUUACAAAUAACAGAAACCCUGAUAAGGUCUCUAAGAAUCUGAUUAAGAGAAACAUCAAUCUGUUAGCUCCAGAAAUCUUGAACACUGAAAAGAAUCUUAAGAGAAAGGAUGCGAAGGUAUUAAUCGAAAAUCUAGAUAAGGGACCCAAGAUUACACUCACGAAGAUAAAUGAGCAUUUGGUACGGGAAAGAAUCGAUAUUUUUACCUUCUUCCAGUACUGAGACGAGGACGGAGAUGGUCUUGUUGGAGAAGAAGAAUUUUGUAAAGGAAUUUCUCAUUGGAAAAUACCAGGGAUGAAAGAUAAGCACCUUAGAGAUGCCUUCAAGGCAAUCAAUCCUAAUGAGGAUGAAAAUUUAUCACUCGGUGAACUCUGGUUAUACAUUGAUGGAGCAAAGCAAACUGAGAAGCAGAGAGAAAUAUCUUUGGAAAAGGAUUUAGAAAGAGACAUGGAGCAGCAGAUUGAUGACAUCUUUGUUGAAUUUAAAGAUUCUGAGAACAAUGUAACUAAAGAUAGUAUUCAGAAAAUUCUUUCUGCAUAUAACAUACCCUCCAACGUGAUUUCUAAAACUCUGGGAGGACUGAAAACUGAAGCAGGAGGUACAGUCAACAAGAAAAGCUUUAAGAAAUUUAUGACAAAUUUCUUGAAAAAGCAGAUAUUACAGGUUGAGAAUGAUAUUAAUGAAUUAAGAGCAAUGUUCUUCGAAGCUGAUAUGGAUAAAUCAGGGUUCAUUGACAUCGAUGAACUCUAUGCCUUCUUUAAGCUUAAGCUGAAUGCUGAUAUUACCAAGGAAGAACUUAGAAAUCUUGUCAAAGAAGUAGACAUUGACUAUAACGGCAAACUUGAUAUUGAUGAGUUUAUUUCAGUAAUGACCAAGAACCCAGGAGAUAAAGGAGCUGAUAACUCAGUACAGUCUACUUAUUUUAGAAUCAGGAGAAGUAGAAAGUUUGAUUUGACCGAAUUUAUAAAGUUCUUACAGAAGUUCCCAGCACAUUUCCAAGAUAGUUUCACUACAACAAUGUAUAAGAACAAGAAGUGAUUACCCUCGAGUGCGUUUAUCAAGAAUAUUGUUCCAAGUGAUGGGAUACCGGUCUUGCUCAAGAAGAAAUCCAUCGAUACCUGCAUAAAAACAACUGAAAGUACUCUUGGAGGCCAAAUUUUGUUAGAGCUUGCCUCCGGGAUCCCAUAUCCUGAGGAAGAUAAGCUAAAUUUGGAUGAAAUUAAGAAGCGUGUUGUCAGAGUCUCUAUUUAUGACUUUGAUGCCAAGAAGUACAUUGGAAACUCUUCUCACGUAGUCGCAACGGUGAAUCCUCGGUAUAAAGACCAGUGGAAGUUUAACAAAUGGAGUGAGACUGGCACUAAUCCUCUAAUCUUCAAAAGCUCUGAUCCAUCCAAGUUCUCUAAUAGAAAUGUCUGCUUGAUUUUUGAAUUUGUGAUUUAUUGCAAGCAAGACUCUAGCACUGUUAAAGAGCUGAAUUGAGGAUGGUGCAAGCUACAUGUAAAUAAUUUUGACAAGAAGAAGGGCAAGUAUAGUAAUAUCCAAAUUGAAGGCGGAAGCCCAGAACUUGAGUCUAAAAUUUCAUUAAUGGACAAAAAAAAUAAUAAAGCAAAGAAAAUCUCACUAACUAUAAGUUACAGAGGCCUUAAGGACUUUAGUAAUGAAACCUUAUUCCACUUAACCAUGAUGCCUGAUUUGUGAAUUUUUAAUAAACGCUUGAUCAUGUUCUUAGUUGGAUUCAGAAAUCUGCUGGGUAAAGAAAGUCAUGGAGAAUCAUACUUUGCUGAAUCUGUAGCAUUGCCUACAAGCAGCUAUUAUUUUGUCACAUUCGUUAAAAUGAUGGAUAAUCCAGAUGUCCUGGAAAACUUCUUGGCGUUCUGGAAUGACACUGUUAUAAAGAAGAUGAAAGAAAAAGAAAAAUAUGAUAUCGAUAAGCUGGUAGAUCUCACUGAAGAGCAGAUCUCAAAAGUUUAUCCUAUUGUAUAUAAUCCAACAUUUAGAAUAGAUGAGCAUAAUGUUUAUCAAGCUGCUGAAUGCUUUAUAGACGACCAUAAUUUGAAAGAAACCAGAAAAACUUUGCUUUUAAACUCUCUUAACGAUAGGGAACUUGAUUAUAUUGACAAAAAGAACAAAAAAGCUACACCAAUAGUAUUAGAUAACGCAUACAAGCCGUUCAACGUCAGAGAGCUGGACUCUGCUUCAAUAUUUUCUACUGGGAUUGAAUUCUAACUUACAAGCCUAGUCACUUCUCUGGAAAAGCAUCUUUGUAAACUCAAAUAUUGGUCUCAAGAUAUUUCAAU